AUGUCCACCAUCGAGUAUCCGUCUGAAUUGCUCUACGCCAUCUGUGCCCAUGUUUACGCCUCUGGUCUGCACGCUGCCGACCCGUCGCUGGACCCGCUCAUAACGAGCGCAACGGGUAUCCCAACUGCACAUCCGUCCUCGGCCCCCCCAGGUAGUUGGUCAGAGCCAGUGACACGCCGCACGCUAGCAAACCUCUGCCUCGUCAAUCAUGCUUGGUACGAAGCUGCAAAACCAUGGCUUUGGCACAAGCUGGAAGUCCGCUUACCCCGCACCUGGCUUUCUCUUGUGGAAGAAAUAGCCUGGAAUUACGAAGAGGAGACCGUCGACAUUGUCAUGGACAAAACUAUCAAGGCUGCAACAAACGCUGCCAUUGCUUCAAGCUCGUCCGACGCAGACAAAGCUGCGGUUCUUAAGCUAGAAGAAAGUCUUUUUGACUCUUAUGACUCUCCCGACACCGCGAUAUCCCCCGACUUGCUGUCCCCCGUUCCGUCUCGCGACCCCAGUCCCAGGCGUUUGAGGCCGAAGAGCCAGAGUCCAGCGCGUUGGAAGAUUUUGCGCUCCAUUAACGACGCUAUUCAAGAUGUCAUGGAUCGUCGCUCUCCUGGAAUGUAUGUACCUACUCCCGUAGACCCUCGUCCCGGACGAUAUGUUCGCCAUCUCGAUUUUAACCACUUUCGAACAAUCGGCAUGCGUCGCUCAGUGGAAGAGGGCGUUACCAGCCGUUUCGUAACAGGCGACCGUGUUCAGGCCUUACUCAAAGAAUUGCCGAACCUUACCGCAUUCGGUGCUACUGAAUAUAUGGAUGGGGCACUCACCCUUCCCGUGCUAAAUGAGCUAUUCCUCCGUGGUACCCCUUCAGGCGGUCGAGGCCGUCCUAGUCGUGGCCGUGCACUGAUCGACAGCCAUGACGUCGAGGAGGAGGACCGAGAACGACGAAGAGAGUGUAAGGACCUUGAGGCUGUUGAUCUUACAGGUUGUGUCAGUGCUGUUUUUGUUAAUGCUUUCACCGACUUCGUGAACGCUCAAUUGCUGCCACCCGCGGAUAGCAAUUCCGGUGGUGAAGAGGAGAGCGGGGGUCGCCGUUCUAGACGGGUAGUAAUUGACGAGCUGACCUUUCCCGGACUCCGGAGACUUGGUCUGCGCGGCGUCAAAUCAAUAUUACCUCGCUAUCUAGGGCCAUUUGUUCUAGCUUUUCCUUCCCUGACCCAUCUUGACCUCUCUGGAACUCGUGUAACUCCCGACAUCCUUGAGUCACUUGGUGACUCUCGGACCGUGCGGUUGAAAUCACUCGCUCUCGCUCGCUGUAUCAAGCUCACCAGUGAAAGCAUCAGACAUUUGUUGAUUGACUCUCCGGUGACCAGUGAGCUGACUGAGCUCAAUCUUUACGGCGAUAUGACAUACAUCUCCCCACUCACUGUGGAGCACUUGCAAGAAAUAUUUACGCUCGCUCCUUGCUUCCUUAGUGGGCAGUUGCUAUACCUGGACUUGUCAAGUGCCCCCAUCGACAAAAGCCUUCUCUCCCUCUGCAAGCCUCAGCCCAAGCUCCGUUCCUUUGGCCUUUCGCAUGUAUUACAACUUGAACUAAAGGCCGUCACCGACUUCCUCAAGAACAAGGCGCCCACUGUUGAGAUCUUGACUUUGAUCAAUACAUCUCCGGAACUUGACAUUGUUCGUACUGGCAUGAAUGGCCAAUCAAGGCAAUCCUCGAUCGCUUUACACACUCACCUCAUCAAACCACUAUGCACACCGCCUUUUUCAUUUAGUCUGACAACUACACCCGUUCCACAACCACCGCCAACGAGGCUGCGCGUUAUCGAACUUUCGACGGCUAUGCUCUGCGGCCUUGGCGCUGGAGCAGGCGCAUGGCGGAUCGUCCGCAGCAAAGGAGGUCGGGGAUGGUAUGUUGACACCGCUAGCGGAUGGGUUGCCGAGCCGGGCUCUGGUCAAGGAAGUGUCUUAAGGAGAGAUCUGCCACCCGGACACCCUAUUAGGGUAGAAAUGGAGAAGCUCUCUGACGCCAAUGGGAAUGUCAGCAGCGGUGUGGGAUGGCAUGCUCGCAAAAUGGAGGUUUUACAUGGCUAUGGUAUGCUCGGUCGAGAAGACGGCUUAUAUGGGGCUGUUUCCUUUGCCUAUCAGGGUUGA